AUGUUAAUGGGAUUCGGUAGGCAUGGUUACUUUGAUGGAUUUAUGUUGAUGGUGACUGAUGUGAGAAGAAAUCCAUUCUCCUAUGAACCAUGGAGAGGGACCCGCACUUUCGAAUCCAUGUUUGAGAUCCUCGAAUCCGACAUUGUUGUGUUUCAGGAGACCAAGAUUCAGCGCAAGGAUUUGCGAGAUGACAUGGUCCUGGUGCCAGGGUGGGACUGCUAUUUCAGCCUCCCCAAGUUCAAGAAGGGAUAUUCUGGUGUGGUGAUUUAUACACGCAAUGCCACCUGUGCGCCAAUCAGGGCCGAAGAAGGCAUCACAGGGGUACUUUGUCCACCAAACUCGUCAGUGGCCUUCCGUGACAUGCCAGAAGAGCAACGAAUUGGCGGAUAUCCUACGUUAGAACAGCUUCAAGGGCCUGCUUUGGAAUCCGAGCAGAGCUAUUCAGAGGACAGUCAGGACACAACGUCUGAGGAACGAACCGAUGCUGCAACUCUGGACUCCGAAGGACGAUGCGUUGUUCUGGAGUUUCCAGCUUUUGUUCUUAUCGGAACUUAUUGCCCUGCAUACCGGGAUGAGAGCCGUGAUUCUUUUCGUAUCGAUUUUCUCAAUGCUUUAGACGCUCGGGUUCGUAAUCUUGUGUCCAUGGGGAAGAAGGUUUUUGUUACUGGGGAUAUCAACAUCGCCAAGGCACCGAUCGACUCUGCACAUGCACUGGAGGGCAUUCGCAAGGGUACCACUACUGAAGAAGAGUAUAUCACCAGCCCACCUCGGAGAUUAUUUAACGCAUUACUGGCUGAUGGUGUGGUGGUUGGCGAUCGGGACAACUUCAAGGAGCAGCCGGUCCUACAUGAUAUCUGCCGAUCUUUUCACCCGAAUCGAGCGGGGAUGUACACUUGCUGGGAUACCAGGCUCAAUACCAGGCCUGGAAAUUAUGGUGCAAGAAUUGAUUACGUGUUGUGUAGCCUGGAGAUGCGGGAAUGGUUUUCAGGUUCAGAUAUCCAGGAAGGCCUCAUGGGAUCUGAUCAUUGCCCCGUCUAUGCUAUUUUCAAGGAACAAGUGCUGCAUAAUGGAAAUAUGGUUCCUAUCCAUGAUAUCAUGAACCCGCCAGGGGUGUUCGAAGGGGGCGAGCGCCAGAAAGAAUAUUCGAACUGCUACCUUCUGUCCACAUCAGGACGUCUGCUUCCAGAGUUCGAUGUUGAUAAGCGGCGCAGCAUCAAGGAUAUGUUUGCUCGCAAACCACCUAGCAUGCAGUCCCGGUCACCGUCUACGGCUAGUGUUGUCGAGAAGCCCACCGCGGCUAUAGGCAUCAAGCAAGCAUCACUGGCACCCAGCCAAAACGAGUCAGCUAGUCGGUUUGCUGCGGCAGGUGAUAUCUCAGCUUCAAAUUCCAUGCCUCGAAAAAGACCACCACUACCAUCAACUGUCCCUGCCAAACGCUCAAAAUCUAACGCAUCCUCAUCCCCCGCCUCGACAGUCGGGCAGAAAACACUCAAGGGAUUUUUCAAGCCCAAGACUGUUGAAAGCAGUGCAGUAUCUCAGUCACCCACAAAUUCAUCUAAUCCUGAUACAGGGAAAUCGUCACCCAGGAUUAGUACCUUUCGCGAUAGCAGUAUGGCUGAACCUGCUCAGACUACCGAGUCUAUACCUAAUACUCCUGCUGCAAGCACACAGGAACCACCGAUGCUGUCUUCACCCAGCAGAUUGGACGAUAGUACGGUGAUCGAUCCGAUCGUCAGUAAAGAGGACUGGUCCAAGCUCUUCACCAAGAAGCCCGUUCCUCGAUGCGACUCACAUAAAGAGCCCUGCAUCAGUCUAACUACUAAAAAGCCUGGCAUGAACUGCGGUCGAGCAUUCUGGAUCUGUCCCCGACCCCUCGGGCCCAACGGCGAGAAGGAAAAAGGGACACAAUGGCGCUGUCCAACAUUUAUCUGGGCCAGUGACUGGAAUGGGUCCUCCCAGCUGGAAUCAUGA